GAGGUUGGGGAGGGGUAGUUGCGCGCCUCCUUCGCUUGUGCACGCGCUCCCAUAGCCGAGGCAGCCGUGCGGUGUAGUUUUCAUUGAAUCUGUUUCCAUCGCACUGACAGCAGCAUCAGCAGCAGGAAAGCCAGGAGCCAAGUGUGUGGACUCCGCCUAGCCCCAGCCAAGCUUCAAACCCUUAACCUACCGGCAGAGGCGUUUCACGGCAAUCACUCUACAUUAUGCAAGGACCACUGCCAAAUAUCAGGUUGGUUAGUAUGAAAUGCAAUAAGUAGGGGCAAAAACUGGAGGAAAAAUAAUAAUAAAAGUCAGAAUAACAGGUGUAUACAAAGAAGUCGGAGGAUGUAUGUCAGUGCAUAUGGCUUGGUCUGUUUGCAAGAGCUGUUUGUCAUUUGGUGGACUUCAUUGUGAAUGAGGGGAUUUAAGCUAUUUUAAAUAAGCCAGGAGAUAAGGAGGGCAAAAAAUGUCUGCUUCGGUAGGGCCCCGCGGCCCUCGCCCAACCACCGCGCCUCUUCCAAUGCAAGAGAUGCCCGAUAUGAGCCAUCUGACGGAGGAAGAACGCAAAAUUAUAAUGGCAGUGAUGGCCAGACAAAAAGAAGAGGAGGAAAAGGAGGAUGCCAUGCUAAAGAGGUUGCAUCAGCAGUUCGAAAGCUAUAAGGAACAGAUCAGGAAAAUUGGCGAAGAUGCUCGACGUUAUCAAGGAGAACACAAAGAUGAUGCGCCGACAUGUGGAAUUUGUCACAAAACAAAAUUUGCUGAUGGCUGUGGUCAUAUAUGCUCUUAUUGUACAACAAAGUUUUGUGCACGAUGUGGAGGCCGUGUCUCACUGCGUUCAAACAAUGAGGACAAAGUGGUUAUGUGGGUAUGCAACUUGUGUCGAAAACAACAAGAAAUCCUUACAAAAUCAGGAGCGUGGUUUUUUGGAAGUGGGACUCAGCAGCCAUCCAUUCAGGAUGGAGCAUUAAGUGACACGGCUACCUGUGGUAGCUCAGAUGCACCUAGAGAAAAGAAGGCUAGACUUCAAGAACGGUCACGGUCCCAAACUCCCCUUAGUACAGCAGCAAUGUCCAAGGACUCUUCCUUAUCUUCUGUUCAGUCUGACAGAAGCAAGGGGUCAGAACUGGUGCAACAACCUGUGAGCUUGGAACAAAAACAGAAUUCAUCCAGGUCGAGGAGUGAACCUCCAAGGGACAGGAAAAAGACUGCACCAGGUUCUGAACAGAAUGGUAAGGGAGGUCUGAAAAAGCGAGUGCCAAAGUCUUCGCUACCCCAAGGUGAGAGACAUGUCGAUGACAAGGAGCGUAAGGAAAGAAGGGAAUCGAGGAGAUUAGAAAAAGGGCGAUCGCAGGAGUACCAGGAUGUGCCUGACAAACUUGAUGAAAACAAAAUUACUGAUGAAGAAAGACAAAGGAAGGAAGAGGAAUAUCAGACCCGAUACAGAAGCGACCCUAACCUGGCAAGAUAUCCUGUGAAACCACAUCCUGAAGAACAACAAAUGAGAAUGCACGCUAAAGUAUCCAAAGCACGUCAUGAAAGGAGGCAUAGUGAUGUUGCUCUGGCGCAUACAGAAGUGGAUGAAGGGGAGGUGCCUGAAAACAGACUGGGAAAACAAACUCAACAACAGGGAGUACAAGAACGAAAGCCUCAGCUAGAAAAUCAGAGAUCAUAUUCUGUAGAAAGGACUGGGGAUGCACAAAUGUCUGUUUCCAAACAACUAGCAAACCAUAGUCCACCAUCCCCUAGGCAAAGCCCAAUUCCAAGUGACCAUUUGGAAACCAAGGAAACUGAUCCUUUUAGAAAACAGUGUCAUCUAGAUCCUAGCUCUGCUGUAUUUAUUCGAAAACCUAAGCGAGAAAAGAUGGACACCAUGCUUAGAAACGAUUCCCUUAGUUCAGACCAGUCUGAGUCGAUCAGACCACCUCCACCCAAACCUCACAAAAACAGAAGAGGUGGAAAGAGACGGCAAAUGUCAGUUAGUAGUUCUGAAGACGAAGGGGGAUCAACGCCAGGAUAUACUAGCUGUGAAGAUGUAGAAAUUGAAAGUGAAAGUGUCAGUGAAAAAGGUGAUUUGGAUUAUUACUGGUUGGACCCUACCACGUGGCCUAAUAAUGAAACAUCCUCUAUUAGUUCGCAUCCGGUUACAUGGCAACCAUCCAAAGAGGGGGACCGUUUAAUUGGACGCAUUUUUCUUAACAAGAGAACAACUAUGCCAAAAGAAUCAGGUGCACUACUCGGGCUGAAAGUGGUUGGAGGAAAAAUGACUGAAUCAGGGCGACUUGGGGCCUUUAUCACCAAAGUUAAGAAAGGCAGCUUGGCUGAUGUUGUGGGGCAUUUAAGAGCAGGAGAUGAGGUGCUAGAAUGGAAUGGCAAGCCAUUACCUGGAGCUACAAACGAAGAAGUUUACAAUAUUAUUUUGGAGUCCAAAUCAGAACUUCAAGUUGCAAUAGUUGUUUCAAGACCUAUUGGUGAUAUCCCUAGAAUUCCUGAGAGUUCCCAUCCUCCUUUAGAGUCCAGUUCAAGUUCAUUUGAGUCUCAGAAGAUGGAAAGGCCAUCAAUUUCUGUUAUUUCUCCAACCAGCCCUGGGGCUUUGAAAGAUGCACCUCAAGUAUUACCAGGACAGCUUUCUGUCAAAUUGUGGUAUGAUAAAGUGGGACAUCAGCUGAUAGUGAAUGUAUUACAAGCAACAGACCUUCCCCCAAGGUUGGAUGGUAGACCUAGGAAUCCAUAUGUGAAAAUGUAUUUUCUUCCAGAUAGAAGUGAUAAAAGCAAACGAAGGACCAAAACAGUAAAAAAAAGUAUAGAACCAAAAUGGAAUCAAACUUUUCUAUAUUCUCAUGUCCAUCGAAGAGACUUUCGAGAAAGAAUGUUGGAAAUUACAGUAUGGGAUCAGCCGAGAGUUCAGGAAGAAGAAAGUGAAUUUCUUGGAGAGAUUCUUAUUGAGUUGGAAACAGCUCUGCUGGAUGAUGAGCCACAUUGGUAUAAGCUACAGACACACGAUGUCUCUUCACUACCUCUGCCUCAGCCAUCACCUUACAUGCCACGAAGACACGUUCACGGAGAAAACUCCAACAAAAAACUGCAAAGGUCGCAACGAAUCAAUGAUAGUGACAUCUCAGAUUAUGAUGUUGAUGAUGGUAUUGGAGUAGUUCGUUCAGGAGAUUUUAGGUCAAGUGGUAGAGAAAGCAGAGGUACUACAUUAACAGUGCCAGAACAGCAGAGAACAACCACCCAUCGUUCACGAUCGGUAUCUCCUCAUCGUGGUGACGACCAGGGCAGGCCCAGGUCACGUUUACCAAGUGUACCAUUACAGAGGAGCUUGGAUGAAAUUCAUCAAACUCGGUGCUCCCGUUCUCCAAACAGACACCAUGAUGCCUCUCGAAUAACUGUAGAUCGUAGAUCUAGAGAAAUGGAACAUCAGUAUUAUUCUGAAAGAGAAAACGGCCUACUUCUACUGCCAAAAGCAAAACGCGGAAGAAGUGCAGAGUGCCUGUACACUGCCAGAAAUGCUGAUAGGUACAAUGAGACAUUGCCUCCAAAGAUGCCUUUAUUAAGUAGUCAUUGGAGCAUUUACAGUGAACUGCAGCCCUCUCUUGACAGGGUUAGAAGUGCCAGUACUAACUGUUUGAGACCAGACUCUAGUUUGCAUUCACCUGAACGAGAAAGUUGUGUUGAUGAGGAUAACAGGGACAAAUGGUCCCAAUCACUAGAUAGGAGACGGCCUACUAGUCCCAGGAUUCAUAUCCAGCAUGCAUCUCCAGAAGAUGACAGAACCAGGACCUUGGAUUCUGUUAUGCCAAAACAAGACAACGUAAACCAUCUCAGUGCUAAAUCAAAGGCGUCACAGAGGUCUCAUCAGUCUGGAAGCCUGUCACAAUCUCCUCCUUCAGACGGUUCUGGUUAUAUCCGUAGGGGAAGGCAGCUUCCGCAGCUUCCUGUGAAAAGCAGCAGCUUAGAUCAAGAACAAGAGAACUGUAAUCACUCCUGCAAAGCAAUCACAGUGGAUGACAGAGGAAGGCAAGUGAAAAUGCCAGUGUACCGUUUUAAGCAGUCGGCAGGUUCUGGGUCCAGUCAGGAAUUUGAACGUGAGCAAUACAAGCAUUACUUGCAUAAAGAUCGUCACAGAAGCUGUGAUAACGUCUCCACCAAAUCAUCAGACAGUGAUGUCAGUGAUGUAUCAGCCAUUUCUCGAACCAGCAGUGCCUCACGCCUUAGCAGCACAAGUUAUAUGUCUGUACAGUCAGAACGCCAUGUCAGCAGGUUUGGUAGGCUGACCUCAAAGAUGCAUGGUAGACAGAUGGGGAUAUCCGGGCGAAACAUGCUAAAGAGCACAAGUGUCAGCGGAGAAAUUUACAACCUGGAAAGGAGUGACGGGAGUCAAUCAGACACAGCUGUCGAGACGGUGGGAACAGGUGGGAAGAAACGAAGAUCCAGUCUAAGUGCCAAAGUAGUUGCCAUGGUUGGUCUGUCACGAAGAAGUAGAAGCACAUCCCAGCUUAGUCAACAAGGCAGCUCAGGAGCGAGCACCAUUAUAUCGACUCCACCCAGAGACCAUACCGGUCCGCAGACUGACAAUGGUGACGGGCUACAGCAGAGACUACAACAGCAAAGAACCGCACAGCCGGCAACUAAAGAAGCUGGUCACAAGAAGUUAAAAAGUACCAUUCAGAGAAGCACAGAAACAGGAAUGGCAGCUGAAAUGAAAAGUCGAAUGAUUAGGCAAGACUCCACAGAUGGAAGUAUGAACAGCUACAGUUCAGAGGGGAAUUUAAUAUUUCCUGGAGUGCGACUGGGAGUUGACAGCCAGUUCAGCGACUUUCUUGAUGGCCUUGGUCCUGCACAGUUAGUGAGUAGACAGACCCUAGCAACUCCUGCGAUGGGUGAUAUUCAGAUUGGUAUGGUAGAUAAAAAAGGGCAGCUAGAAGUUGAAGUCAUCAGAGCAAGAGGUCUCAUUCAAAAACCUGGAUCCAAAUCUACUCCUGCUCCUUAUGUGAAAGUUUACUUGUUAGCGAAUGGAGUUUGUGUCGCCAAAAAGAAGACCAAGAUUGCACGGAAAACACUUGAUCCUUUGUAUCAGCAACCACUGCUCUUUGAAGAGAGUCCAAACGGUAAAGUUCUUCAGGUAAUAGUAUGGGGAGAUUAUGGUCGCAUGGAUCAUAAAUGCUUCAUGGGGGUUGCACAGAUUCUCUUAGAAGAACUUGACUUGUCCAGUGUGGUGAUUGGUUGGUACAAACUGUUUCCUCCCUCAUCAUUGGUGGAUUCAACAGUGGCACCCCUAACUCGCAGGGCUUCCCAGUCUUCUCUUGAAAGUUCUACUGGACCUCCUUGCAUUAGAUCAUAGUGAACUGAUGGGGGAUGAUUCCCAAUUAGAAUUUAUUACCCACGAUAACAAUCAGACUUGGACACUAACAAGAUCAAAGCAUUUUUGGAGCCAGACAAUCACUUCUGUUUUUCCAGUAGUACUGUUCCAAAAAUAGGGCUGAAAAUUGUUACGUACUGGUCUAAAUUGGAAGAACAAAGCAGUAAAAAUCAGAAGCCAACCAACCAGUCACUGUUAGUGAUGGAAAUGUGUUACCAAGUCAAGAACUCUAGUUUUAAAGAGCAACAAGGCAGACUUUGAUGUUCUCAAUAAGUUUUUUUUCACAUUUUUACAAAGACCGUGAACAGUGUUACCUUGCUGGUGUUACACUUUCUUUCUGUACUCAUUUCUGCCACUAGUGUUUUGCUGUGAUAAUCUGCCAGUUUCAUAAAAAGAAAAUUGCUGUGAUGCUAACUGAUGCUCUUGUUGGCUUUUUCUUGAAAAGCUGAGUAAGAUCUCUGUAAGCAUCCUUUAUUCUCUAACAGUUAAGAAUUGAACAUGCAUAUUAUGGUUAAACAUUAAUUUUCUGUUCUGGUUCUAAAAUCUUUGUUACUAAGUCAAAAUGCUCCACCAGCCUGGCAGUUUCUAAAACAUGCUAAAAUAUACUUUAAAAAUAUCAAAUUAUUUUCUAAACAGAUGGAUAUGUUUGCAUUAUGAAUAGCAAUUUUUAUGUUUUCUGAUGGUUUGCAUGAAAAACGUUUCACAAUCUAUUUGCACCCAUUGCCAGAGAUUGUUACAAGCAACAUCAGUCUUCAUUUCGACAAUAAAAUUUACUUGUAAUGCAGUUUUCUUAUUAGAGUCUUAAAAGAAUGAAUUUAAUUCAUGUGUAUAAACUGUAUAGCUGAAUUCCCAAAAUGUUGACGAAUAAGGAGGUUUAGCAUAUGACACUUUGGAGCUGUACCCAGGUUGCUUUGAUACGUGUCAUUUUAGGCACUUCUAGCCUGGAUAGAGCAUGAAAUGAGUAAUUAAGUAUUUCUCUGGAAUUUCCAGCUGAAAUAUCCUGCACUUAUUAGUGUUUUUAUCAAGUUUUAGUUUACAUUACUUUGAGAUUAAUGCAAGCACAAUGCUUGAUUUUUUAACGCAAAAUAGGUUACUUUUUUGAAAGAUGAAAGCCAAAUUUGAAUUUGCAUUCUAUUCUGUUGAUUUUUCUCUCUCGGCCUUGAAGUCCCUUAUGAAUUUCUAUAAAUGUGUUACAAACUGCAGACUGUGCAGCUGCAUUGAUAUGUUUAUUUUAUUGGCAGUUCAAUUUUGUGACCACACAGACGGAGCAGCAUGACUUAAAACUGUUCAGAGCUGCAUGCACAUUUUGUAAAAAAAAAAAAAAUAGGGAAAAAAAAACACAAAACAAACCGAAAAGAGAUUAUUUAAUAUUAUGUGUUAGUUCCACAUAGGCCCGCUUGUAUGUUGCAUGUACUUGUACAGUUUACUCGUAACUGUUAUCAGAAGAUAACCAAGAAUUCUAAGCCAUUCAUAUUUCUUAUAGACAUUUUGCAGGUUUUAACUGGACUAGAUGUAUUAGUCUGGUGCCAAAUGUCUAUGGAUGAAGUUUAUUUUUUACCCAAUGGAAAAUGUGAUGUAGUAAUAAACAGACCAAAACCCUUCCAAUGCAUAUUUUGGCAUAGAUUCUUAUUGUGGGGCUGUUACAGAUGUAGAAACAGUGUAUGCACUAGAUUUUAACACAUACCGUGACUAUACUGCCUGCACCAAGUGAACUCUUUGUUAUUAUUUCAGAUGUUAGGAAUAUUCUGCCAUCUUUGUACAGGACAAAAAUUGACUAUUGUGUGACCUGCUGAGCAGGAUAUAUGGAGCACUGGUGCGUUACAACAACUAGGUUCUAUUCUGUCUUAGUGUUACAAAGGCCAAAAUCAGUUCUUGGUAAUUGGAAAUCUAUUUCUAUUUAACCCACUUGUCUGAACAUACCCCGUGAUUUUAAAUUAACUUCCAGUUCAUGUUCUGUAAACAUGUUUAAUAAAAUUGACUUUUCAUGUC